GUGGCUCAGUUUUGAGAAACAUUUUCCAGUUAGUUAAGCAACAGGGAACACAACACAGCCAGAAACUGCUGAGGUGUGGGGCAUGUGCAAAACGAUUUUAUUUCAAUGUGAACUGUCACCAGCACCAAGAGGUGCAUAUGAGAGAAAAAUCCUUCAGAAGUAAUGUGGACAAGGCCUCAUUUGUGAAGAGCUCCAGAAUCCAUGUGUCACAGAAGACCUUUACCUUUGGGCAGGUUGAGGAGGACUUCCUGGCCAGCUUGGGACAUCAGAAGCAACAGGACACUCAUAAAGUAAAGGAGCCAAACAAAGGCACUCAGUGGGAAGCAACUUUACAUAGCAGAAAAUGUCUUUACAUUUCAGGAGAAUGUAAGAAAGCCUUUAAGUCCCAACAUAUACUUGUUCAGGACCAAGAUGCCCAUGCUGGAAGACAGUGUUUUGUGUGCAGUGAAUGUGGAAAAACAUUCAGAUACAAAUCCUCAUUUGUUAAGCACUGCAGAAUUCACACUGGAAAAACUUUUCAUGUGUGUGGCGAAAAUGAAAAAUCCUUUAGUGGAAGCUCAUCUCUCAGUCAGCAUCGAAAAAUUAAUACAGGAGCAAAGCAGUACAAAUGCAGCAAAUGUGGAAAAUCCUUAAGCCAAAAAUCUGUUCUCAUUAAUCCCCGGGAACGGCACAAUGGAGAAAACAGUUACGUGUGCAGUGAAUGUACACAAUCUUUUAGUCAUAGCUCAGUGUUCAUUCAUUAUCAGAGAGUUCAAACUGGGGAAAAACCUUAUAAGUGUAAUGACUGUGACAAAUCUUUUACCUCUGUUGCUGCCCUCAGUUAUCAUCAGAGCUCUCACACAGGAGAAAGACCUUACGGGUGCAGUGAUUGUGGGAAAUCUUUUAUCUCUAGGUCUGACCUCCGUUAUCACCAGAGAGUUCACUCUGGAGAAAGGCCUCAUGAGUGCAGUGAAUGUGGGAAAUCUUUUAUCACUCGUACAGCUCUUCGUUAUCAUCAGAGAGUUCACACUGGAGAAAGGCCUUAUGAAUGUAGUGAAUGUGGGAAGACCUUUACCCGAAGAAAUAACCUCCUUAUACAUCUUAGAGUUCACUCAGGGUACAGGCCUUAUGAGUGCAAUGAAUGUGGGAAAUCUUUCACCUUUAGUUCUAGCCUCCGUUAUCAUCAUAGAGUUCACACUGGAGAAAGGCCUUAUGACUGCAGUGAGUGUAGGAAAUCCUUUAACAAUAGGUGGACACUUGUUCGACACCAGAGAAUUCACACUGGGGAAAAGCCUUAUGUGUGCAGUAAUUGUGGGAAAUCUUUUACUUGUAGUUCCACACUUCAGUAUCAUGAACGAGGCCACCUUGGAGAAAGGCCUUAUGAGUGCAGUGAAUGUGGGAGAUCUUUUACUACUAGCUCUGCCCUCCGUUAUCAUCAGAGUGUUCACACAGGAGAAAGACCUUAUGAGUGCAGUGAAUGUGGGAAAUCUUUUAUCUCUAGAUCUGACUUCCAGUAUCAUCAGAAAACUCACUCAGGAGAAAGGCCUUAUGAGUGUAGUGAAUGUGGGAAAUCAUUUAUUCGAAGAAAUAACCUCAUUUUACAUCAGAGAGUUCAUACAGGAGAAAGACCUUAUGUGUGUAGUGAAUGUGGGAAAUCUUUUAACAAUAAGUCGACACUCAUUCAACACCGGAGAGUUCACACAGGAGAAAAACCUUAUGUGUGCAGUGAAUGUGGAAAAUCUUUUACCUCUAGCUCCACCCUCUGUUAUCAUCUCAGAACUCAUGCAGGAAAAAGGCCUUAUGAAUGCAAUGAAUGUGGGAAAUCCUUUACAUCUAGUUCCACCCUAAAUUACCAUCAGAGAGUUCACACAGGAGAAAGGCCUUAUAAAUGCACUCAAUGUGGGAAGUCUUUUACCUUUAGCUCAAGCCUCCGUUACCAUCACAGAGUGCAUACUGGAGAAAGGCCAUACGAGUGCAGUGAAUGUGGAAAAUCUUUUAAGGAUAGAUCACAAUUCACUAAACACCAGAGAGGUCACACUGGAGAGAGGCCUUAUGAGUGUAAUGAAUGUGGGAAAUCCUUUAGCCAUAAGUCUUCCCUCUCAAUACAUCAGAGAAUUCAUAAUAGAGAAAGGUCCUACAAGUGUAGUGAGUGUGGUAAAUCUUUUACCUCUACCUCUGGCCUUGGUUAUCAUCGGAGACUUCACAGGGGAGAAAGGCCAUAUCAGUGCAUUGAAUGUGGGAAAUCAUUUACCAGUAGCUCGAUACUUGUUCGACACCAGAGAGUUCACACUGGAGAAAGGCCUUAUGAGUGCAGUGAAUGUGGGAAAUCUUUUGCCAGUAGUGACACUCUCUCUUAUCAUCAGAGAGUUCACACAGGAAAAAAGCCUUACAAAUGCAAUCAGUGUGGAAAAUCUUUUGCCUCUGGUUCCACCCUCCGUUAUCAUCAAAGAGUUCACACAGGAGAAAGGCCUUAUGAAUGCAGUGAAUGUGGGAAAUCUUUUAUCUGUAGUUCUAAACUUCGUUAUCAUCAGCGAGUUCACACUGGUGAAAGGCCUUACGAAUGCAGUGAAUGUGGCAAGUUGUUUAGGGAUAGUUCCCAAUUUAGUCAGCACCGGAGAGGUCAUACUGGAGAAAGGCCUUUUGAGUGCAGUGAAUGUGGGAAAUUUUUUAUGCGAAAAUCUACCCUCUCUCAACAUCAGAGAGUACACACUAGAGAAAGGCCUUAGAAGUGCUGGAAAUGUGCAAUUUUCUGUUCAGUGUAACAACCUUGGAGGAAAUUCUUUGAGGAGCCAUCUAUCUGAACUGAAACUUACACAUCUGAGUAUGUACCGUGGGGUGAUUCCCCAUAAGUUUCAUUAAUGUGAGAAGGGUGUAUAGAUAUGUUAACUCAUUUGCCCAGGGCUCUUCCUAGGUUUAUGUGGUUGCCAGUUUCUGUGGCUAAAGUUCUUUCCCCGUUCCCAACUGGGAAGUCCGUAGACUUAUUGUGAUAGUGAAUGCUCUCAUGUGCUCAGGCAAGCUGACCCUCUGGUCUCACACAUAUUGAGCUCUUAGGGGUCCUUUUAUGAAUAAUUUGGACAUGGACCUGGGUCCAUGUGUUGGCACAGAGAAUGUCAUGACUUCUUAAAGCUUGCAGAGAAAUGACUACAUGUUCCAGGGAUGUGUUGGUCUCCCAUGAUACUUGUGAUGAAAUUUACCAGCUUCCAGUUCAUGAACUUGGGAAGUGCCUGCUGCACAUUGCUUUGCCUUGUAAAAUAGUGGAGGCCUUAGUCUUUUAAUUCCCCUUUAACCUUGGUGAUUUCUUUUUACUGUAUGAGGUAGUUUAUAAACUGAUUCAACUGCUACAAGCAUGAAGAGGUAAACAACUUUUUAGGGGGUAUGAUGACAGAAAAUAACUUGCCAGUUUUGACCAAAUUUACAUGGUUGUCCACAGCUGCCCAGGAAGGACUGAACUGCUUUUUGGUCCUCAUUUGGUUGCUGUGUGUUUUAGGAGUCUUAGAGACCCUGAGGAGGGGGCAGGUAUGAGAUCCUCAUAUGUAGCAUGGAUUUUCCUUCACCUAAAGCAGAUAUCGCAGAUGAUACCAGCACUGUUGAGAAGAUAGGUUCCUCAUGUCUACAAAGAGUCAUAUGCCCUGAUGUCCACAAUUCACUGGGCUAGCGUUAGUUGCUGACUGUAUCUCGGGAAACCAUAGUUGGUACAGAAACACUGGCCUAGUAGGGAUUGGAGGAGACUGCAGCCAGUUAGAUGUAAUGUCCCUCUUCUAAAUGUGCAUCCAGAAAUAUUUCUGUGACAGUGACUGCAUGAUUACUGUGUACAGAUUUUAGGACCCCCCCCAGGCAUGUUUUUCUUGUAUAGCUAACGUCACUGUCAGAUAAAAUAGUCAAAAGGUUUUGUAGGUUCCCUUAGCUUCUCAGCAAUGUCCACCUCAAAGCCAUUACUGCACAACAGGGAAGAAGAAAAGGGAGAACUGUAUUCUAGGGAUGUGGCUCUUGACACAGGCAGCAUUCCUGUUUACUCAGGUGGAAAAGUUCAUUAGUAACCGUAUUUGCUGCCAUUGAGGCAAUACUGACCCCUAGAGGGCAUGGGGAGAGAGAGAUUGGGACAUAUAUAUUUUUUAAUCGAACCAUUUUAUCAAACUUCACUACCAACUUACAUGUCCUACCUGCAUAUAUGUUUUUAUUGACUCCAUAGAGGAAGGGAGAGAUAUCAAUGGUAUCAUAGCCAUAAUAGCAUCUGUCACUCAUGUUUGUUGCCUCGUGUUCUUUUAAAUAAUGCCUUUCCUGGGCCUCACAACCACCACUGAUUUCUUCAGAUCAGUUUGCAUUCUAUAGACUUAUAGGAUUGGAAUUUAAAAGUUUAUUAUUUUCUUCCCUCCAUUCUCUUAUGCAUAAGUUUUAGAGAUACACCAGUGAUGCUUAUACGAAUAGUUAAAUCUUUAAUUUCUGAGUAGUAGUUUCUUCUCUGAAUAUAUACCACUAUCCAGUGAUCUCUGGGGUAAUUGGGCUAUUUUCAGUUUCUAGGCUGUUACAAAUAAUACUGCUCUGAACAUUUCCAUUACAAUUCUUGAUGUG